AUGAGAGCGGAUUCCAGAGACGCGAACAUGGCUAUGGCCAGUUUCGAACCUGCGGGCCAUGCCCCGACAUUGAAUCCCACAUUGUCUUCUUCUGCUUCAGCAUCCGCAUCCGCGUCUGCGUCCGCGUCCCCUUCUUCCUCACUAUCUUCGCAAAGCGUUGCUUUUCAGACCUCGUCCGCCUCUGCGACGUCCCCAGUAACUUCGCCCAAUUCGCCCUACCAUACGCACCGCCAGAACCACAACUCCUCUAAACUUCCGGCCUUUCGAUUCGCCGACUACAAACACCAAUCCCCACGCCUAGCGCUCCCCUCACUGCUGCAGCACAUCCCGCCCUCGCCUGUAUCGCCUAAAUCGGUUUCUAACGGAAACGACCCUGCCGCCGUUACUGACAUUGGUAUUGGCAUCACCACUGGCACUGCCGUUGACACUGCCACCGGCGCUGUCCCUGCUGCCACCCCGACAGUCGUAACAACAACGUCAGACCUGCACCAGCAGCCACACCAGGACCACAACUCGCCCGACACCACCAGCCCAAGCCAAAACACCCGCCCGACCUCCCUCCGGCUUCAACACGAUCGCCGACCGUCCCACCGCCAGCUUUCCCCCCGAAUUUCGAGCCCUAUUGACGAGUUACCCGAACCGCCACCGAGAUUGAGUCCGCGAUCGCGAGCAUCGACAUAUCAGAUCGCCUCGCAAUCCGCCCCUGCAACCCCAGCCGUCUCACACAAGCGGCCCGCUUCUUUCCCCGACUCUCCCGUCAUCGUCCAGGCCUUGAACGUCGGCGAAACUGCAGAGCCCAAGACAUCUGCCCCUACUAGACCUCACAUCGUCAAGGCGGCUACAUCUCGAUCCCGCGAGUCGAAUGCCGUCGAUGUCGGAUCGCCGCCUGUAAACGCUCAUCAAAACAAACAGUCUGACGCAAGCGACGACGCCGCUCCACCCCCAGCGGACAAAACAACAAAGGACUGGGCCCACGGCCAGCGUGAGCUGCUUCUACCAAAAACGCUGCAGACUUCAAGCCCGACAGAUGAGAAACGAAAGUCCGUAACGUCGCGACCGCCCAUUUCUUUCAAAGCCCCCGCCAGCAGCACCCCAGCCGCUUCUGUUCGCGUGGCUCCCAUCCGAUCAUUUCGAUCUUCCGGGUCCCGUCGAAGUCUGGGACUCGAUAGCAGCACAUCUACCAUGCGGUCUUUCGACUUUGGCGAUGAAUUCGCAGACUCAAAUCAACGCGACCGCGCCUUGCGCGCCCUCGAAGGCAGGAUUGACGAUGACUUCAUGCGAAUGACGCCGCCGCACUCGGCUAACCCAACGGACGCUGACGACACGACUGGUGACGUCUUUAUGAAAAUCGCGAGGCAGGAGCCAACACGUCGCGGUUCGACAGACGUUGCGCCAGCGGAAGAGUCAAGUGCCAUUGCACGUGUUACCAGAUUCUCCCACCGCCGCCCCCUCUCGGCAGCUGUCCCAUUGUCUUAUCACCCGACUUCCCCGCCCCAACUCAGUCGCCGGCUUUCCGACCAGCAAGAGACGUCCAAGAAGCGUGCACGACAAUCAGAAGACGAGAGUGCUCCUGAACCCAUGGCUCGCGCGUUGGCGUACCGCCCCAGUCUGACUCGAGACCGCCCUUCCUCGGUUCACCCUGGAGAGGACUUAAAUCGCUCCAAGACUUUCAACUCUGGUCCGCGCUCUGCCUCCUCUGCAAACACGCCUCGUUCCUUCACUUUUCAAGAAUCAUCAGACACGUCGCCUUACGGACGGAGACGACCAUCCCUAACAGACAGCAACACGGGUUUCUCUGCUCGCAGCCUGUCAUACAGACAGUCUAAUCUUUCAUACGGUCAAACGCGCACCUACAACUCUUCGCCAUUGGUACCAAAAACAGUAGAAACGCCGCGUACCGAAACAAACCACGACGCUGGUAAUGGAGUAGAGGGCACAGAGUCGACGGCAACGGCAUCGACAACAGCCCCAUCCACAGUCUGGGACGAGCUUGACGAUCUUAAAUCGCGAAUCCACCGUUUGGAACUGACGGGCAAGCUGCCCGCCACAUCAGGUGCUGCAAUGUCUCGAGCGUCCGAUGAACGGCCGCCCACAGCGACCAACACCACAAUGUCUACUUCUCCGAAGAGAACUUCCGGCAGUAAUCAUCCCAAUGGGGACGCCAUUAGCACUACUUCGUCACAGCGUGAAACCCAACAACCGAUUCUUCUUUCCGCAGUCAACAAAUCCAAACCCUUCCUCAGCGAAGAAGUAGCACGAGCUCUGGAGACGGCAGCAACGGAAGCACUGGCGCUUGCUAACAUGAUGGGCACUGCGGGCCAGCCGGGCCCGAUAUCGAGCGGAGCCAGCAGCAUCGGGAUUGGAACCAACUUGACGGAUCGGCAACUGCGACGCAAGGCCGACAGCAUUUGCCGGAGUCUGACCGAUUUGGUGCUGGUCCUCAGUGAGGAAUCAGCACGGGACAAGACACUCCAAAUCAACGUGCCCGCUUCCAAGGAUGUGACAGCAACGGCCCCAUCGACACCCACUGUGACCAAGACAUUCACAGCCGGUGGAGGAUCGGCAGUCUUGGGAGUGGCAGCUUCACGGCGACCUAGUGUGACGGACCAGCAGGUCCUCCCGAAGCCAAAUGCUGUUACCAGCCCUAGGGCUUUGUCAAAGUACGAGGAGAGACGCAACACCAUACUUAAUUCGAGCGCUCUACCUAGUCCUAGGUUUGCCCUACCGCCCGGCACGAUACCGUCUACACCAGGAGACGGCAACAAGACCGCGCAUCGUAAAUCAUCUCUGUUCAUCGGUCGCACUCGCCGUGCAGUAACAGAGGAACCUGAAGAUGGACGGAGAUCAUCAUUGCUACUGAGAACCCGACGAGCAGGUACCGAAGAGCCUGAGGAGUCGCGCGAGGUUGUUCGUCAAGAACCUGGUCGCCAGACCUCCCUGCUUCGAACUCGCCGAGGGACCAUUGGCGAGGACGAUGAAGAAUCGUCCCGGUUCCGUGCCCCCUCGCGGGCCGCCACCGAAUUGCAGACACCAGCUCGCGCUGUGUCGCACACCUAUCACUCCAGCACCGCGGCAAACGAAGUCGCAUCUCCUGCCUCAUCUGCCUUACCCCGUAGACGGUUCGGAGCAUCGACACUCACCUCACGUUUGGUCGCACCCUCUACGCCAUCUCUUACAACACGUCGGUAUCUGGAAAGAACCCCAGAACGUGACGCACCCAGCUCAGCUGAGAAGCCUGAAGAACGCGCGCAAACGACGAUUGCGCAGCCGCGGCAUUUUUCUCUCACUCAUACGUCCUUGUUGAACAGGGCGAGCAGUAUAAGCCGCAGAGCAAACCGCGACAGCACGAUAACGAAUACAUCGACUGCUGCUCAAGCGGGCAGCUAUCGAUAA